UUUUGGCCAUGCAUUGGCAUAAAUUACACCACUGUGCGUCGCGGCGAUGAUAUUUCAGGCGUCGGUUUUCAGUAGCGCAGAUGUAUCGACGCUGAAACAACCUCAAACGCCAGCUGAUGACAAACCAUGGGGAAAAUUCACUGAAAAGUACACAAAUACCAAGACCAAGUUAGUGACAAAUAAGUAUAACAAUGGCUGUGGAUAUACUGGACAAAGACCAUUUCGCCAUCAGCGCGAUAGUGAUCGUCACUAUGCAAGUGAUCUUCUUCCUGAUAGCGGCCAUUUUUCAAAUGGACAAAGUAUCCGACUUUGCGGGAGGAAUUAAUUUUGUGAUUUUGGCCUCGUUGACGUUCUUUCUUGGACAGGAAAGCAACAAGAAAAACUACGACAGCAGACAAUUAAUGGUGACAGUAUUUGUAUGUUUAUGGGGAGUGCGCUUAUCUGGAUACCUUCUCUACAGAAUCAUCAAAAUAGGAAGGGAUAAACAGUUUGAAGAUAAAAAAAGCAACACCAUACGGUUUGCCAUAUUCUGGACCUUCCAGGCUGUGUGGGUGUACGUAGUAAGUCUUCCAGUAAUCAUUAUCAAUUCUCCACGCCAUUCCAUACCUCUGGCACCCAAAACGAUGACAACUCUGGACUCUGCGGGAGCAGGAUUGUUCAUUUUGGGAUUUCUGGCUGAAACUUAUGCCGAUUUACAAAAGUUUUCGUUCCGGCAAGACCCUGUCAAUCAAGGAAAAUGGUGCAACGAUGGUCUUUGGAGAUUAUCCAGGCAUCCAAAUUACUUUGGCGAAGUUGUGCUAUGGUGGGGCAUAUUUGUAAUUUCGUUGAACGUACUAGAGGGUGUAGAAUGGGUAGCCAUCAUGUCCCCACUGUUCACUACGUUGAUAAUUUUAUUCUUAUCUGGAAUUCCUCUUUUAGAAAAGUCCUCCGAUGAGAAGUAUAGAGACAUUUCCGACUACAGAUACUAUAAAGCCUCCACAUCACCGCUAAUCCCCAUCCCACCCGCGAUCUACGUCGAAGUACCCCAAUUCCUCAAAUUCAUCAUCUGCUGCGAGUACCCGCUGUAUGACUCGCUCGACGAGAAGAUCAAAACGACGCACAUCAUCAAGGAGUCGACCAGCGCCAGCCUGGCCCUGUCCCAGACAUAACUAUAGCUUCCGGCUGGACCGGAAGUACCACAGAUCAGCAUCAGCGGGCCGAGGUCCGGCGGUAGUCAGUACCUGGGCAAUUUGUAUCAGUUCAAAAACCAAGUGAUCCUCGAUAUGGACGAGGAUGAAUGUUGCGGGUUCGGUGAGGGUGGGAGUGGUUCAGAUAAGAAUGAUAAAAAAAUAACAAAUUUGUAAAUAGUUUAUGAUACAGGGUGGUUUUUAAAUACAAAAUAUACUUUUUUCCAUUGCAACUGUUAAAAUUGCCUUAUAUCUAUCAAAAAUAGUAGAUAAAAUAGUACUUUAACCGCAAGGGUAGAUU